AUGACAUCCGGACUUUGGAUAAUAGGUUACGGUUCGUUAAUAUUCAAACCUCCUCCCCACACAGAAUUCAGAUUGGAUGGAUAUUUGAAGGGCUUUGUAAGAAGGUUCUGGCAGAGCUCGUCUGACCACAGGGGUACACCCGAGAGUCCCGGUAGAGUGGUCACGUUGGUAUCGUUAAAAGACAUAAAGGCAAAUAAAGACUUACUUACAUCGGUUUACACCCACGAACUCAGGCACCGGUCGGAGUUUGAUGAUGAUGCUGACAUAUUGGAAGAUGACUUGAAGGUUUGGGGGUGCGCAUACUAUGUGGCACCCGAGAACGCGGAAUUUGUUAGGCAGUACUUAGAAGUUAGGGAGCAGGAUGGGUACACUUUGCACAACGUUCCCUUCCAUGUGACAUCUGCCAUUCCUCCGCUGAUACAAUCCAAGCUUAAGCAAAGCGAAACCGGGGAGUAUUUCUUGGAAUCCAGCAUUUAUAUAGGAACCAUAGAUAAUAAGUCGUUUAUAGGCCCCGAGGAGCCCCUAGUGACGGCAAGGGUAAUAAGCGGAAGCAGGGGCCCCAGUGGGGAGAAUUCCGAGUAUUUGCUUAAUCUUGGGAAUGCAAUUAAGGAGUUGGAAGCUCGCAGUAGUAUGAAGGACUACUAUUUGCAGCAAUUGGUGACAUCUGUACUCGAACUCUCUAAGUAG